CACAGGCUUCCGUAGGAGCAGGAAGUAGUUCCGUCGUCGUUUUGAGACCUUUCGUGGUCCUGUUUUCAGCUAAUUUUUGAAAGAAAAUAAGAGCUUUUGCUGAGGUUACAGAUGGGUGACAUCCGUCAGUCAUUGCUGCCUCGGGAUGUGCUGAGUGCAGCCAAGGAGCUGCUGUACCACCUGGACAUUUACAUCUGUAACCUGGUGCAGUCUGGGAGGCAGCCUCCUCAGGUUGACUCAAAAACCCUGGAGCUGGUUGAAGAGUUCAUUCUACAUGCACCCAAAGAUAGAAACACCCCAGCCAGGAGAAUGAGUGCUCUUCAGGAGCUCCAGCUGUUGGAGAUCAUGUGCAGCUGUUUUCAGGAGCAGAGUCGUGAUGCUGUCCGUCAACUUAUGUUUGCUGCCCUUUUUAAUCUCCAAGGCAACCAGGCAGAUGAAAGCCGCAUGGCACUGCUGGGCAAAUUGGUCUCCAUGGCUAUCGCUGUGGGCAGGGUUCCUAUCCUGGAAUGUGCUGCUACCUGGUUGCAGAGAACCCAUCGUGUGUACUGCGUACGCUUGGCGCAGGUGCUGGUAGAUGAUUACUGUAGUAUGGUCCCAGGCUCUGUGCCCACCCUGCAGAAUAUCCACAGUGCAAGCCCGCGCUUCUGCUGCCAGUUCAUCACUGCUGUCACCACUCUCUAUGACUUCACCUCAGAGGAGCUCACCCCCCCACUCGAACUCCUCCAGAUGAUAGUAUCAUGGAUCCAAGAUGACCCUCGUCUAGUCCUGAUCACCUUCCUGAACUCGCCCAUUUCUGGCAGCCAACCGAUCACCUCGCUCGAUGUCACACCGUUAGGGGGUUUGGUGCGCUGGUGCAUAAAAGCACCGCUGGUCUAUAGGAGAGACAAGAAGCAGGCGCUGACCAAUGGAAGCUCUGAGAAUGAGCCAGAAGUAGGGACUCUCUUCUCUGCACUCCAUUUAAGUGUCCUACAGGUCUUAAUGCUUUUGCCCACCAUACUCAACGAGAAGGGGCUUUUUGGUCGCCUGGCACUGCUUCAGAUGGAGUCCUUGGCUGCUCUGACAUCCGAUCUUUCCCGACUUUUGGACCAGGCUGACAAACACACGCACACGUCCUCCGCUGAUACACUUGCACUGUCCCAGCUGGCCCUCGACCGGCUGGCCCAAGCCCUGCAGGUGGCCAUGGCCAGCGGAGCCCUGCUCUGCUCAAGAGAGGACCUGAGGGCCAUCUGUUCCCGACUCCCCCACAACAAUCUGCUCCAGUUGGUGCUGUCUGGCCCGGUGAUAUACUACAACAACAUCCACACAUCUCCGCUGGCCUAUAGUCCGCACGCCGCUCAUUCACCCAUCGCCCCGCACCCCACACUACCUGCACUCCCCACACACCGCGCGCACACCCCGCACGCGCCACUUGCCCCACACCCUUCCUCUCACCCUCAGUACCCAGCUCAGCCCUUUAUGACAGGGAUGCCGUUCCCCUUCCGACCCAGCCACUGAGAGAAAAAUCCCUCAAACCGCUGGCAGAUGUGCGUGUGGACAUUUGGUAGUAUGAAGUGAGUGUUUGUGUGCGUGGAUUAAUAUGUGUGUUUGUGUAACUAGGGUUUAUUGUCUGAUGUUAUUAGCACAUUUGCUUCUGAGAAAGUCUGUGAGGCUUACAUGUUUGUCCAAUAAAUA